AUGUCCGACCACAAGGAUUCCCACCACGCCAUGGACCCAGAGAAGGACGCCCACCACGACCACCACCAGCACCAGAUCACCGUCACCGGCAAGGAGGAUGGCGUUCUCCACAAUGAGCACCUCGCCGCCAUCAUGGCCAUGAGCCCCGAGGAGCGCGCUCUCGCUGAGAAGAAGCUCCUCCGCAAGAUCGACAUGCGUCUCGUCCCCUGGAUGACCCUCCUCUACCUCAUGUCCUUCCUUGACCGUGUCAACGUCGGUACUGCCAACCUCAUGGGUCUCUCCACGGACCUCGGCCUCAGCGCACACCAGUACUCGAUCGCGUCGCUCAUCUUCUUCGUCUCCUACGUCGCGUUUGAGGUGCCCUCGAACAUGGUGCUUAAGAAGCUUAGGCCAUCAAUUUACAUUCCCGCUACCAUGGUCUGCUGGUCGCUCUUCCAGAUCUUCAUGGGUCUCGUCAGGAACUACGAGGAGCUUCUCGCCCUUCGUUUCUGCCUGGGUCUCUUCGAGGCUGGUCUUUUCCCCGGUCUCAACUUCUACCUCAACGGCUGGUACAAGCGUGACGAGCUGUCGAAGCGCACUUCGUUCUUCUUCGGCGGUGCCGUCCUUGCCGGCGCCUUUGGUGGUAUCUUUGGCUACGCUCUGGGACAGAUGGACGGUAUUGGUGGCAAGGCUGGCUGGUCAUGGAUCUUCAUCAUGGAGGGCCUUCUUACCUUCAUCAUUGCCUGCCUUUCGUUCCGUAUGAUCCACGACUGGCCCGACCGCGCGCGCUUCCUUACCGACUUUGAGCGCGAGCUUGUGCUCCUCCGCCUCCGCACCGACACUGGUCUUGCCCAGAACGGCGAGUACUCCAAGAAGUCUGUCAUUCGCGGUUUCACCGACUGGAAGACCUACGCCUACAUGCUCUGCUACAUUGGCUGUGCCCACUGCAUCUACUCGCAGUCGCUCUUCUCGCCCACCAUCAUUGCUUCCCUCGGCAAGUGGACGAGCGCCCAGUCGCUGCUGCUCUCGGUGCCCCCUUACGCCCUCGCCUUCAUCACCACCAUGGCCACUGCCUUCCUUUCGGACAAGCUGCUCAAGCGCGGUAUCUUCAACAUGUUCUGGUCGGUGCUGGCUGUCGUCGGCUACGUCAUCCUGCUCUGCGUCAACCCCACCACCCACGUCGGUGCCGCCUACUUUGCCGUCUUCCUCACCACCAUGGCCAUUGCCCCCAUGAUCGCCAACACCAUCACAUGGUGCGGUAACAACUUUGGCUCGCACUACAAGAAGGCCGUCGCCAUGGGCAUGGUCUUCUCGGCCGGUAACUCGGGUGGUAUCUGGGCCUCGCUCUGCUACCGCACUUCGGACAAGCCCCGCUACAAGCCCGGCCACGGUGCCGCCCUCGCCUUCGCCGCCCUCAACGGCAUCAUGUCCGUCAUCCUCUACUUUGGCAUGAAGCGCGAGAACAAGCGUCGCGAGGACACCUACGGCCCAGCCCCCGGCCCCGAGGAGCUCCACGACAUUGAUGACCCCGAGUACCUCCGCAAGUGGGGUCUCGAGGGCAUGUCGCGCAACGACAUCCUCAACCUGGGCGACGACCACCCUGCAUUCCGCUUUAUUCUCUAA